CCCGCCAUUGCUGCACCCGCCGUGCACUGGAGCCCAGCUCGCCCACUCGCCCACCCUCUCUGACCGCCGGCCCGUCCCAUUCCCAGCCUGUGCUCUGCUCGGCCCAUUGCGCCUCGAGCUCACCCCUCGCGAUUCAUGGCCACAUACACCCACGCCUCCGCUUGCGCCUAGCGGCCGUUUCCUCGACAGACAGCUGUAUGAGGCUGCUGCUCUCGCCCAGUAGACGCAGUGAUUGGCCACGGCAGCAGCACGCAACAUGGACGGCAGGCCGCGCAUGAACUACCCGAACGGGCUGGGGGACCCGCGAGCUCCCACGCCAGGAGGCUCAGCUCGAGGGCCACCGUCCACGGCCAGCUCGGGCUCUGUACCCUCUGCAAUGUCUCGCGCCGAGCGGUUCGAUGACGAGCGGCGCAGAAUCACCGAAAGCUGCUUCUCCAAGAUGGACGAGCAGGGACAGCUCCAGGAAUCAUACAUCACCCACAUCCGUGUCCAGGAAGAUGGCCAGUUCCCGCAGUCCCCGCCGCCUCCAACCUCGGCCCCGGCCAACAAGAAGCCUCGCAUAGUCAUGAUCUCGGUUAGAAACACGGGAAGAGUGAAGCUGCACAAGGCGAGAGAAAACGCAAACGGCACCUUUUCCAUUGGCAAGUCAUGGCCAAUGGAGGAACUCUCUGCCGUCGAAAACUACCUUUUCUUGAACCCGAGAAACGACGAGGAGGCGCAGCGGAAGCAGUGGGCUGGCGACAAGGGCUUCACAGUCACCGUCACCAAGCCAUACUACUGGGAGGCUGGCACUGCAAAGGAAAAGGAGUUCUUCAUCGGAAGCAUGGUCAAAAUAUACAACAAAUAUACAAAGGGCAACUACCCCGUCUUGUCAGGCUUCAGCGAUGCCGAGAUAAACAGCCUCACAACAGGGAAACCACAUCUGGCAACCCCAGAGGGUCGUUCUGCCUUUACUGCUGGCGGCGGAAGUGUACAAGAACCCAGGCCACCGCGACAAGCUACCCCUGAGUUACGACAACUUCCACCCAAGUCUCCUGGUCCGCCACCCAGAAGAUCAGGAGAGUCACCUCUUGUGCCAUCUGACGAGGCGAGGAGGGCACCACCUUUACCUGCCGCAAACCCGAAUUUUAGGAGAAAUCCGGGAGAGUAUCAGGGUGGCCCUAGGCGGCCAGGACCUCCCGACGACCAGUUUCGCAGUGGCAACAGACCUGGAACGGGGGACGAUAGUCGCAGACCCGCGCCCUUUGGCCUCAAUCAAGCUACUCCGUCUAUGCCCAAUCUCCGGCAGAAGCGUUCCAUGGAGCAGGGCCUUCGGGCACGACCUAGUGGUGAAGCUAUGAGAAUGCGCCCUGGCCAGGGUCAAGAGCCAAUGCAAUACACCCCAUACGCCCCACCGCAGAGAUUGACACCACAAUCAAGCUCAUCCGAGUUUGCUGGGCAAUCAGCAACUCCAGAGGUUGGGGUUGUCCCACCCAGUCUAAACCCUGCGCGAAGAAUGCAAGGCGAUGGAACACCACCACAAAGGCCGCAGAGGCCUCUGGAAGAUGCUCCACUCAACGGGCCGCCACCAAGUUUCCCCCCACCAGAGCAACAAAGACCAAACGGAUACGGCUCGCCCAGAAGGGACCCCUCCCCAAGAGGACUAAGACCCGGAACUGCGCAGAGCAACUCAAGCUCGAAUCUUGCACGCGGCGAGGACGCACCUCCAGAAGAACCUCCUCAACGAAGAAGACCCCUGAUGGAGCCUCGUCCGUCACAAGCGUCGCAACGUAGCGUUGCCACGCCAGGAGUUGAGGCGCGCCCCGAAAUCUACACUCCCACGCAGUUUUCAGCCCCACCAAUCGAAGUCCCACCAAGAAGACGGCCUCAGGAAAUUCCCGAGAGACCCAAGACCGCUUCCCAGGAUAGCACGGGAUCUCCUCGAAACAUGAUGCCUCCUCCACAGCCUACGCCACCUCCCACAUCUCCACUUCCACAAAUACCAACAGCUCCUGCGCCCACACCAUAUGUAGCCUGGGUUCCGCCAGUCGAGACACCUUCUGUCGAACAGCCUAGUCCUGUCGUACUCGAGCCCAUUCGAACUAUGACACCGCCCAUCGAAGAGAAAGAAGCUGAUGCUACGCGCUCUCCCACUGUCAAUCCCCUGGUAAAGAAAGAUGCAGCAAACAAAUUUCGCAAAGCUGCUGCGGCUGCUGGCACCUUCAAACCUCGUGUUGGCGGAGCUGCUGCCAAGUUACUCGCAAAGGAGGAGCCCAAGACAUCCGACGAACCCGAUGGUAUCAGUGGAGUAUUCGUACCUCAGCGAGUAAUACCUCAAGAGCCACCUGUAGAGACCCCUAGGGAAGAGCCAGAGAAGACGUUGGAGGUAGUCCCUGAGGUCGUGCCCGAUCGAUCGUCAAGAGAGCUACCGAGCAUCAAAACCGAUGUUGUCCCAGCUGUAACUGUGUCCAGCCCGCUCGAGCCGACUCCACCCACGCCCGUGCCAGUAGAAGAGGAGAGGACCGCGUCCCCAAGCCCAGAAAUCCCGAUGACGAAAACCGUUGAACCGGAACUACCAGCAAGGCGUAAGAAGCGAAGAUCGAAGCAACAGACCAUGGCUAUUUCCCAGCUUGGCAUUGAUCCGAGUAUGAUUGAUGAGCGAGGCCUCGAGUUUGAAAGCUUGCUGUCAGAGCUUGGCUGGGGCAGUAAUGAGCUUUCGGCUAAGAACAUUGAGUCCUUGGAGGUUGAUAUCAAACGCGAGAUCGCCCGUGUCGAAGCAGGCAGCUGGCUCAACCAUCUCGAACAGAAGGACGACCGUGUUGACGCCGUCGAACGUAUGCUUGACCGCGCAAUCGCAGAGUGCGAUGAACUGGAAGGUCUGCUGACAUUGUACAAUGUCGAACUGAGCAGUCUGAAUGAUGACAUCGCCUUCAUUGAAGCGCAGAGUCAGGGUUUGCAAGUACAGACAGCCAACCAGCGCCUGCUGCAGCACGAACUUCAGCAACUCGUUGAGACGAUAUCGAUUACUCCCGACCAGUUGGAGUCACUUCGACGUGCUCCUAUAGGCAAAGUCAACGGCCUCAUGGACAUUGAGUCUGCCUUGGUACUACUCUACAAGGCACUCAUCACAAUUGAUCCUUCGUUUGUUGCAGGUGCUGCUGAAGGAGAGCUUAGCAAGGUCACCAGCAGGUCAGGUAUCGGUCACAGCGAACUCGCGUCAAUGCACGCGUUACAAGAAAAACGGGACCGAUAUCUCGGCGAGGGAGCCAUGUUCUUGGACCGUUUGAAGAAGCACAUGGAUAUCACGUUCGGUGCAGCCUUCUUGCAAACCAAGGACGCUCUUGUCAGCAUUGACCAGGGCACCAUGCCCUCUCUCAGGAAGAACAUAGAAGCGCACGACGUUGGUCGAAAAGAGCUGUGGAUGCUGAGCCCCGUCAUCCUCUUUGCUAAAGAAAUCGACCGAGCUUCGUGGGAGAUGCUCAUUCGGAUGUAUCAAACCCAAGCCGCUACCCUGUACCAACAGGAGGUCCGUGACAACAUUUUGUCGUGGAGACGAUUCGCUCGAAAGCCUUCAGGCGAAGAGCAGGAAUUGCUAUUCACUGCACAGGAAAAAGAAACAGAGAGUAGCACCGGUUCAGUGAGGAAACUCACCGUGAAGCGAAGUCAGACUCUGGCACGUGGUCUGCGGUCUGCAUCUGGAGAAAAGGAGACUAAAGUGAGCAAAAGCCAAGAUGGGAAGCUUUUCGCUUUCGACGUCUUCUCUCGGGUUCUUGAUGACAUUGGUCCUGUGCUCUUGACGGAACAGAACUUCGUCACCGAGUUCUUCCAUGCUACGUCCACCGAUUCUAUCGACUUUGCAGACGCAGUGCAGGCUGCGCCGCCUGAGGGUCGCCGGAGCCCGAACCUCUGGAUACGCAAGCAGUACGAAUCUGACCGGACGAUGGCGAAGCGCGUUGCAGACGUUAUGGAGGAUAUCUUCUCGUUCUGGCCCGCUGAGCUGCAAAGUCUGGUGGAUUGGGCAGUAACGUCAGAUCCUCUGCAAGGAGUAGGCAUACUGAGCGCCGUCGACCGCAAGCUACUCGACAUCGAAGACUCGAACCAAGAUUUCCUAACGAAGAACCUGCACAAAAUCCACGAGCGCUUGACUGGCCUAUUCCGCCGCUUCCUCGACGAGCAAAUCCGCGCCAUCGAAGACACCAAAGUCAAGAUCAAGAAGCGCAAGGGCGUCAUAACCUUUGUAAAGACAUUCCCCCACUUCUCCGUCGCAAUCGAGAACAUGCUCCCCUCUGCAGCCGACGGCGGCGAGCAGCUAGAAAUCCGCCGCAUGAUCAACGACGCCUACCAGCGAAUCAACAAAGCCAUCUUCGAAAGCCUGAAAGUCAUCGCCAAAGAAUCACCCGCCGUAAUGGGCACCCAGGGGCAAGGCGAUCCCGAAGACAAGGAAGCGCUGAACUACCACAUCCUCCUCAUCGAGAAUAUGAACCACUACAUGGAGGAAGUCGACGCGCGCGCAGACUCGGUCCUGGAGUUCUGGAAGGCUAAAGCGCAGGAGGAAUAUAGUGAGCAUAUGGAUCUAUACGUCGAUGCUGUGAUUCGUCGGCCGUUGGGUAAACUCUUGGAAUUCAUCGAAUCCACCGAAACCCUGCUCUCCCAGCCCGGCGCCAGCCCCUCCGCCAUCGCCCAGCGCUCCUCGCACUCGCGCCACGUGUUCAAGAAACUAGUCCACGCGCACGACGGCAAGGAGCUGCGCAAGGGUAUUGAGGCGCUCAAGAAGCGCGUCGAUAAGCAUUUUGGGGAUGCGGAUGAUCCGGGGAUUAGCAGGGAUUUGGUGUUCAAGGUGCUGAAGGAGUGUGAGAGGAAGUAUGGUGAGGUUGCGGAGCGCGUGGUCAGGGUUAAUCAGGAUGUUUAUACGGGGGAGGUUGAGGUGGAUUGGGGGGUUGGGGAGGUGGGGAGUGCUUUUAGGAGGUAG